AAGCAAAGUAUCGCGUGAACCAGCAAUACGAGAUUACAGUGAGGGCUGCAUGAGCUGAAAGACAAAACAAAAGCCACACACAUUUCAACCAACAGGCGCUGGUCGCUUUUUAUUUUUUGUAAACCAAAACAAAUUUUAAUCAUUAUUCGUAUCGAUUUUCGAUUAACGACAAUAUUAUAAAAGUUUUGCACCAUGCCGAGUAGCACGUCUUUGCUGGAGGCCGACGAGGGAGAGUCAGAGGUCCCACCUCCGCUAGUGCACGCUUUCGCCGGUAUGGGCCUUGAGGAGCACCACGGCACACAGAGCCAGAUUCCCGAACAAGUAGAUGAGAGCCUCCACUAUCACCACCACAACCACCAUCUUCCCCCAAUUUCUCAUUUCAACCUCCUCGGUACGGUCCUAGACUUGAAGCCUCUGCAUCGGCCGCCCUCGGGAGAUGAGGUGAACAUGACGGCUGCACCCGAGGACAAGGAGCCAGAAGUUGUAGCCGCCGCAGACUCCUCGAUGCUAGCGCAGGCCCGCCACCGCCAACACCUCCCAUCCGGGCCGGCCGGCUCCGGGAUGGAGCCACCGCACGUCGAGACGGUCUUGUUGUACAACGGAGACGAGUGGGAUGAUACUGGAGUCGGCGGCAGCGCCCUACCACUGGCUGGCAGCAUGGCGAUGCUACCGCCCGGCGUGUACGGGGAGUCGGGCUACGAGGCCGAGUCUUCGCUGUUGGCUCGGCGAAAGAGCGUCAACACGACCGAGUGUGUGGCGGUGCCGAGCUCCGAGCACGUCGCUGAGAUUGUGGGCAGGCAGGGCUGUAAGAUUAAGGCACUUCGAGCCAAGACCAACACCUACAUUAAGACACCAGUGAGGGGAGAGCAGCCUGUCUUUGUUGUGACGGGCCGCAAAGAAGAUGUGGCCAUGGCUAAGAGGGAGAUCCUGUCUGCAGCGGAGCACUUCUCCCUCAUCCGAGCCUCUCGAAACAAGACGGGCCCUGUGUCUGUUGCAACCGGUCCUGGGACCCCCUCUCUACCUGGACAGACUACCAUUCAGGUGCGUGUACCAUAUCGUGUUGUAGGGCUGGUCGUGGGUCCCAAAGGUGCAACCAUCAAACGUAUUCAGCAACAGACCCACACCUACAUUGUGACACCAAGUCGGGACAAAGAGCCUGUGUUCGAGGUCACCGGGAUGCCCGAGAACGUGGACCGGGCAAGGGAUGAGAUAGAGGCGCACAUUGCCCUCCGCACAGGAACCUGCGGAAGCAUUGAGGCUCCUGGUGUAGACAACAAUGACUUUCAGUUCAAUGGGACAGACGUCAGCUUUGAGAAUUCUGCCACACCAGCUGGGUUGGGGGAGGCCGGGUGGCUUCAUGCAGGUGCAUCAUCACAGAGUGGUGGCUUGCUGCCAGUGAGCAUCAACGGUACUCAGCGAAUCAAUAGCAAUAUUAACCGUGGUGUCAGGAUGUCUUCCACCUACCGCAAUGACAGCUCCAGUUCCCUGGGCAGCGGCUCCAGCUCAGCUGAUUCUGUCCACGGCGGCGGUAAUGGGAACCGGGUGGCAGAUUUAAGCCCGACUUGUCAGUUUAAUGCCAAUGCUAACAACAACAACAGUAAUGGCAGCAGUACAAGUUUCUGGUUUGGUGAUAGCCUUGUUCCUGUGGGGUCUGAGGAGCUGGUCAGCCUGGGAGGUGGAGGCUCUAACUCAGGAUUUGACCCAUUAACCAUCUCCACUGCCCAAGCCUCACACCCUUCUGCACAGCCACAAAUCUGGAACCCCUUUGUGGAUCAACAACCCCCCCAGGCCUUUGAUGCUCGUCAAUCUCAGACCAGUCAGCCUGGGACGCCCCGACUCUCUCCAACCUUCUCUGGGACAGAAGCCUUGGAGCACCCUCAGGCCCAGCGAGUUCACCGAGGGCCUUUUGGCUCGGCUGGGACCCUCGAUGCCCACAGAUUUCCCUCUUACAGCUCGGCCUUCUCCUCUUCUAGUGAAAGCACCGCCUCCUCUUCCUCCCCACCUGAAUCCUCCCUCUCCUAUCGGCCGGGGCUCGGAUCAGCAGGGAGAGGACAGGAGAUCUGCAUCCACUGUAUGGAUAACCAGGUGAUCGCUGCCUUGGUUCCCUGCGGCCAUAACCUCUUCUGUCUAGAUUGUGCCACCCAUAUAUGCCAGGGUCCAGACGCUGUUUGUCCUGUGUGCCUGUCCCCGGUCUCACAGGCCAUUCAGCUCCGCAACAUGUGAUUUUAGUCCAUUUUCUUUGAUUGCUGAUGAGGGAUCUGCUUCCCCAACACUUCCAAUUCAUAACAUAUAUGUGGAGAAAUUACAAAACUGACCCCCAAAUCAGUGUUUAGGUGUGGCCUCACCCCUGUUUUGUCCAAGCUGGUGUUUGGUUGACAAAGGUGAGGAAGAAUAGUUGAAUUUAUAAUGAUCUGUAUUUAGGGCGUGAGCUAGGGUGUUCAGCCCGUUCAUGUGCCUGCUAUUGUGAAGUCUUCUUCCAUGAUUGAUUGAUUGAUUGAUUGAUUGAUUGAUUGAUUGAUUGAUCGAUCGAUCAAUGGGAGGGUUGGAAACCCUCUGUGUAGCAUUGGGUGGGGUGGGAUAUAUAUAUAUAUUUUUUUUUUGCUCAUGAUUUUUGAUUAACAUUUUCUUCUCCCUGAAGCUAAUAAUUAUCAGUUUUUGCCUACCUAUCAAAAAUUUUAACUG